AUGAACGUCAUCCAGAAUCUGCUUUCUGCAGUUUCCCCACAGCCUGAUGGCGAUUUCGUUGAUAAACUCAACUACUGUGCCACGACGAUUGGUUUGGUACUUUCUUCUGCUUUCAUCACUGGAUGGAGUUUCGUGGGCAGUCCAAUCGACUGUUGGUUCCCAGCAUAUUAUAAAGGAUGGUGGGCAGAAUAUGCAUUAGAUUACUGUUAUGUACAGAACACGUUUUUUGUCCCAUUCUCAGAGGACAAAGCAGAACGUAGCUAUAACUGGGAGCACUUGAUUGCUGAUAAGCAGAAUACAACAUCUCUGAAACAGACAAACCAAAUCGGUUACUAUCAGUGGGUACCAUUCAUUCUGGCUCUUCAAGCUAUUCUUUUCUACUUCCCAGUUGUUAUUUGGAGACUUUUCUACGGAAUGGCUGGUCAGAAUGUGACAUCAUUGUGUAAUACAUGCACGGCUACCGAAGGAAACGAAGAAUCCAGAAAAUCCACGAUUUCUACGAUUGCUGGAUUCAUUAGCCAGAAGAGAAACCGAAAUUUGGUUGUGAAACAAUUAUCAGGAUUCCAGAAUCGGGCCAACGGAUCAGCAGUUCUCACUUCAUAUUUGUUUAUGAAAAUUCUCUUCCUAAUCAACGUCCUUCUCCAAUUCUUCCUUUUGAAACGUAUGCUAGGAGUCGACUCAUACUUCUGGGGAGCCGAAGUGACCGCUGAUUUGUGGGCUGGAAAUGAAUGGCCAGAGACUGGAAACUUCCCAAGAGUCACCAUGUGUGAAUAUGAAGUCAGAAAUCUGGAUAACAUUCACAAGCAUUCAGUUCAAUGCGUUUUGAUGAUCAAUAUGUUCAAUGAAAAGAUCUUCGUCGCCUUGUGGUGGUGGUUGUGCUUCCUCGCUGUCGUCACACUUUCAAACACUUUCUAUUGGUUCUGGAGAGUUUCUGGAACUUCUGUUUCCAAGAAUUUCAUUCGUCCAUAUGUUGAAGACAUUGAUCCAAAAGUGAAGAACAAUCGUGGAAAACUUCAACAAUUCGUUUCGGAAUUCCUCUCUCCAGAUACCGUUUUCUUGCUCCGACUCAUCGAAUUAAAUAAUGGAAAAACUCCAGUUGUCGAGUUGAUUCGUGAUAUGUGGAGAAGAUUCAACACAGCAGUUCCACCACCGUAUUCAGCUCCUCCACUUCUCGUUAAAGAUGCUGCCCCACUUCUUAAAAACUUCCAGGACGAGACAGAAAUGUAA